GAUAAGAUACAAUUCGAUUACUGUUUCCAUUAUAGUAUUAUGAAUAAUAAGGAUUUUUUAAAUGACUGAAUUUAAAAUUUUUUGUUGAAGAAUUUUGUUUAAGAAUAAACCGAAAAUGGGUAAAGGUCGUGCAGAGCCUGGAACCCCCAAGUAUAUAGCUAAUAAAAUUAAAUCUAAAGGAUUGCAAAAGCUGAGAUGGUAUUGUCAAAUGUGUAACAAACAAUGCAGAGAUGAAAAUGGUUUCAAAUGUCAUACUAUGUCUGAAUCACAUCAAAGACAACUAUUGUUAUUUGCUGAUAAUGCCGGUCGAUAUCUUAGUGAGUUCAGUUAUGAGUUUUCAAAAUCCUUUCUUUUUUUGUUGAAACGACAAUUUGGAACAAAAAGAGUUAAGGCUAAUAAAGUUUAUCAGGAAUACAUUUCAGAUAGAAAUCAUUUGCAUAUGAAUGCUACUCAGUGGACAACAUUAACUGGAUUCGUUAAAUGGCUUGGAAAAACUGGAAAAUGUGUUGUGGAUGAAACUGAUGAAGGUUGGUUUAUAACUUAUAUUGAUCGCGAUCCAGCCACCAUUGAACUAGAAGAGAAAAUGAGAAGAAAAGAGAAAGCAGAAAAAGAUGAAAAAGAAAGAGAAAUGGAAUUUAUUGAGCGACAAAUUAGAGAAGGUCAAAAAAAAGAAUCACUAGAUCAGCUUGAAAUGCAACCCAAAGAACUCAUAAGAGAAGAAGAUUCUAAAUUAUCAUUAAAUUUAAAAAUAGAUACUUUCAAGAAACCCACUAUAGUUCCAAUAAAGAAUGUUUUGAGUACAGCAGGUUCAGAACGUAUGUCUAUUAUUUCAAAAUCAAGUAGUAGAAAAUCUGAAAAAAGGAAACCAUCUGCAUUAGAAGAAAUUAUUCAGCAAGAGACAAAAAAAAAAAAUUAUAUGAGAAAAGAUUAUUGGCUGAUAGAAAAUAUUGUAGUGAAGGUUAUUACAAAAACCUUAGGGUUAGAUUAUCUGGGAAAAAAAGGGGUCGUUAUAAAAGUAAUUGAUAAAUAUGGAUGUAUGGUAAAAUUAUUUGAACCAAAAGUUAAACUCAAGCUAGAUCAAAAUCACGUGGAAACAGUAAUUCCUAAUGUUGGUGGUAAAGUAAUGAUAGUAAAUGGUGUUCAUGUUGGAAGAGAAGCUGAGUUAUUAAAAAUUGAUCAAGAUAAUUUUUGUGUUGAUGUAAAAUUAAAAACUGGACCAGCUAUUGGAAAAGUUAUUUCAACAUUACCUUUUGAAGAUAUAUGCAAAUUACACAUAAAUAAUAGUUAAUUUAAAGUUUAGGUUUAGACUUGUAAUAUGUAAAUAAUGUGCAAAUGUAUAUUAAAACUAAUAAAUAUGUUAUACAGUCUUA